GACAAGUACUGGCCAAUGAGCAGGUUAGGGGGUGGGGCAGACGGGGGGUUGCUGGUUUGGUUGCAGCGUGCAGCACAACACAGCGAGCUGCAGGGCAGAGUGGGUCCGGGGUUGCAAGGAAGAGGCCGGGAGGCGGCAAGCUGUGCAGUUUGGAUGCUAAGAGUACAGGUAGGGCAGAACACAGCACAAAGUGAAACAAUGUCUGGUGCUAAUGAAGAUGACAUCCCGCAGGUGGAGCGAAAGACAGUGACGGAUUUCUGCUACUUGUUGGAUAAAUCCAAGCAGCUCUUCAAUGGCCUGAGGGAUUUGCCCCAGUAUGGGCAGAAGCAGUGGCAGUCUUACUUUGGGAGGACGUUUGAUGUCUACACAAAACUCUGGAAGUUUCAGCAGCAACACAGGCAAGUUCUUGACAACCGGUAUGGUUUGAAACGGUGGCAAAUUGGCGAAAUAGCCUCAAAGAUUGGACAGCUAUAUUACCACUAUUACCUUCGCACUUCAGAGACCAGCUACCUUAAUGAAGCCUUUUCCUUUUAUUCUGCAAUAAGACAACGCUCCUAUUACUCUCAAGUCACCAAAGAGGACAGACCGGAAUUGGUUGUAAAGAAGCUACGCUACUAUGCCCGUUUCAUAGUCGUCUGUCUCUUACUCAAUAAAAUGGAUGUGGUGAAAGAUCUAGUCAAGGAGCUGUCAGAUGAAAUUGAAGACUACACUCAUCGCUUUAACACAGAGGACCAGUUGGAAUGGAAUCUUGUCCUCCAGGAAGUGGCAGCCUUUAUUGAGGCUGACCCAGUGAUGGUUCUAAAUGAUGACAAUACCAUUGUAAUCAUUUCCAAUCGACUGUCAGAGGGUUCUGGACCAGCGCUGGAGCAGGGCAUGGUGGUGGGACAGUUGAUGCUUGCUGAUGCUUUAAUUAUCGGCAAUUGUAAUAACCAGGUUAAGUUCAGUGAGCUCACAAUAGAUAUGUUCAGGAUGUUACAAGCUCUGGAGAGGGAGCCCAUGAACCUCACUUCUCAGAUGAAUAAACCAGGAUUGCAGGACCCAGCUGAGAAACCAAUGAAGAGAGAAAACCCCCAUAAAUAUCUACUUUAUAAGCCAACUUUCAGCCAACUUUACACAUUCCUGGCUGCAUCAUUUAAGGAGCUGCCUGCAAACAGCGCCCUUCUGAUUUACCUGUCUGCUACAGGCAUCUUCCCUACAGGUCGAUCUGACUAUGAAGGUCCCUAUGAUUUCGGAGGGGUCCUGACCAACAGUAAUCGGGAUGUUGUAAACGGGGACGCAGUGCACAAGAGGAACCAGUCUUAUAAAGAGAUGCACUGCCUCCAUCCUGGCGAUCUCUACCCUUUCACUAGGAAACCAUUAUUUAUCAUAGUGGACUCUUCGAACAGUGUGGCUUACAAGAAUUUCACCAAUUUAUUUGGACAGCCUCUAGUUUGCCUCCUAUCACCUACAUCUUAUCCCAAGGCCUUGCAAGAUCACUCUCAGCGUGGAAGCCUAUUUACCCUUUUCCUUAACAAUCCACUCAUGGGAUUCCUUUUCAUCUCUGGCCUCUCCAGCAUGCGCAAAGGGUUAUGGGAAAAAUGUCAGGAUCAUGUCCGAAAAAUCAACAGAGAUAUUGCUCAGCUAUUGACACACUCUCGCUCAAUAGAUCAAGCUUUUCUUCAGUUCUUUGGAGAUGAAUUCUUGCGUUUACUUCUCACAAGAUUCAUAUUUUGUUCUGCAAUUUUAAGAAUGCACAAAAGUUUCAGGGAAACAAGGAAUUACCCAGAAACCUAUCCGCCCCUUCCACGUGAUGAGUUGCUAGAGAAUCUUCACCUUCAAAAACAGAUUUUGGAGCUGGCCUCAAUACUUGAUGUCCGGAACCUGUACCUAGAGAGCACCAUGGAUGAAUACUAGAGAUAAAGCCCAUGCUUAUGUAAACUUUUGUGCUUUCAAAGCCACAGAAUAUGAAAGGUGCAUUUUUUCUAAGGCAACCCCCACCUUACAGAGUACUUGAUAUUUUUACUUUAUGGAUUCCAAGCCUUGGCAAUGGAGCAAGAGCCUCUGAAAGUGGAGUUUCAGAGGAAACAUGGUGCACCUGCUCUUACCCCCCAACCCUUUCAUGGUAGUGUCACACCUAAUGCUUGUGUUUCUGCUUUUAGGGCCAUGCCCCUAGCUACCUGCGCAUGUUGUUUUAUGUGUUUUGCUCUGGAACUGAGAAACCCCCAGCAUGGAUAUUCCCAUUGCGACGAAUACCAGAGCCAUGUGAAGUGAUUUAAUGCAAUGGAAUAGUGUGUGCUUUAGGAACUGGUGUGACUAAGCAUCCAUUUCUGCAUACACCGCCAACAGGGCUGCUUUAGGCAUAACAUUGCAGCAGCUUUGUUUUUCUCAUUUGUUCUUUGGACAGUUUAAAUCAUUCUUUAAAAUGAUAACUGAUGAUGGUACUUGGCAGGCCUCACAAGUCGUGUGAUGAAGGGAUGGGGUGAGCUCUAAAAGUGUUGUAUUUUCCUUGAUCAGUAUAUUUAUUUGUUUUUUUUUGUUUUUUUACCUUGUAAUGUUUGGUUACUUUGCCAAAGCCAUUGAAUUGUGAGCACUCUACUAUAGUUUAUAUAAACAAACUGCUGUGUAGCCAUGGGGGCAGCCAUUGAAAGCUGUUAAAAAACAGUGAUUUUGCAGAAACUGUACACUGUGUGGGGUUAUUUACACCCUAGCCACUUAGGGCAGUGACUGAUACAGAGGUUUUAGUGGAUGUAUCUUCUCCUGUCAAAGGUCAUGCAGCGCAUGUAAUUGCCUGUGGCUUGGUGUAUUGUGGGUGGCCUUUAAUUAUUUUAAACCAAAAUUGAGUUUUAGGACAGUAAGAUGUUUAGCUUAGAUUUUGUUUGUUUUAUAUACAGUCCAGGCUGUAAGAGUCGCGCUCUUGGCACAGAAAUGUUGAUGUUAUGUUAUUAGAUUUAGACAAAAUAAACCUGACACCAAUGGCUGCAUUGGCUGUUUAAAGUGUAGAAAAAUGUAGCAUCAGUCAAUGCAGAAUCCUAUAGAACAGCCAGUGAGAAAGUUUUACACUUUACAAAGUCAAAUACUGCUAGUGGUGCAAUAAGAGGCAUAUGAUUCACAUGUUUUUGGUCCCUUUCUACAAGCCACACAAAGGUUUAUUUCAUUUCUGAGAAUAAGCUCUGGUGCAUCAGCAGACGAGGGAGAAAGAGGUGCUAUUUGUAUAAAUAAUCUGAAUAAUAGAGUCGGCCAUACCAUGCCUGCCAACUAAAUAUUGACCAUUGCAUCUUAAAACAGCCCCUCUGGCAUUUCCCAGAAUCCACACAUUACCAGUCCAAUUGGUUGGAGAGCUUACCAGUCGUCCUGUGUAUUGCUCAAUAGGGAUAAGCAGCCUUUGAAGUGCUAGGACUUGCAUUGCAUUUGAUCAGCAAGUAUGGCUUAUUACUUUUAAGGUACAAUCCCAUAUGAAGUCAAUUUUAUUUCUGCUGCAUCGGAAGCGAGAGUAUAAAAGCAAAAAGCCUUUUUACUCUUGUCCCAUGAGAAAAUGAGUUAUCUCCUUUAUCCCUGUGUUUGCUAGCGAUUUCUAGUGAAUGUGACCUGAUAAUAUAUUGUAUAAACAAUAUAGUGGUACUUAUCACUCUUUACUUUUAUUUGAUUGGUAAACACACACAGUGAUUAAUCUCAGUGGCAGCUGGGCCCAAAAAAUAACUACCACAACUGUGCUGCUUGCCUGCACCUUUUUUUGCUAAAGGGCACCUGUUACCCUUACGUACUGUCCCCCACCAAAGGUGCUAAUAGAGCCUGCACUCUGGUUGGGGGGUAACAGUAGUUUUUUUUUUGUUUUGUUUUUUUAAAUGGCCCGACAGCACUAGGACACACUUACCGGGAGUUCCCGGUGCGAGCGGCCAUGUUGUGCAACCCGCAUGCGCAUAAUGAGAAAGUUGCAGCAUGUGCAUGUGAGUGGUCCAACAUGGCUGCUCGAACCGGGGGCUCCUUCCCAGUGCGGGUGUCCUAGCACUGGCAGGGGGCAAUUAAAAAAACAAAUUACUGUUACCCCCAACUGAAGUAAGGAUUUUAUUAGCCCGCACCUUUGGCGGGGAAGAUAUUUUAGGGUAACCGGUGCCCUAAGUGUGACCCAUUCUUAGAACCUGUUCCUGUUAUUAAGAAACCUGCUGUUCUUGGCUUCCACCACUGGAUCAAUGGCUGUCACAUGCCACAGUAAAUCAUUUUGUGGAGGGGAGUAUAUCUGCAGUUUCACGGUGUGGUUUACCCAUUGUAGAACCGUAUUCCCAUAAAUAAUAAUUUGUCAUUUUAGAAGAACUCUGGUUUUAAUGCUUUUAAAUAUGUAGUUUUGUUGUUUUGAUCAUCUCUCUCCCUCACGUCCAAUUAAUUCUAAGGUCAAAUAUUCAGAAUGUAAACAAUAGAAGCAGCUUGUCUGCUUGCCCUGACCCACUUAUUAGGGUCUCAUCCCCAAAAAAACACGGCAGAACUUAGAGUUACACAGUUACCAGGAAACGGGUUUCUGGAUAAUGGAUCCCAUACCUGUACCAUACAAUAUGUUUACUUUCAUGUGAAGAUGAUACUGCUCGUUAUAGUGCUGCCGGCCAGGCUUGCCACUAAGAAUUAGUGCACUAGUAUAAUGCAGGUUCAUGACUUUGCACAAAGCUGCCUUCAUAGUAAGUUCUGUUGUGCCUGUGAAGCUGUCAGUCACAAUCACUUGUCUAAUCCUGGCCUUUCCAAAAUGGAUCACUUUCACUGAAGUGUUGGAGGGAUCUCCCACCAGCAGCUUCUUGCCUCAAAAUACAGUCCUAGAUAGAGAAAGACUUUUUCUGUGAUAUCUGUUACUUCCCUGUCUCAUGUUUUUUAGUCUUUUGUUCAAACUGGCAUAACAGCCCAGUCUUUGAAAAAAAAAAUAAACAAAAUACAACCUCACAAUUUGCUUUAGUUGAACUUUAAAUAUUAAAAUAUGUCUACUUACUUGCAUAACUCUCUUGUUUGCUUAGGGAAUGUAUUAACUGUUAGAUAUUCUGUAUGGAAGGAGCAUACCUAUGGCCAAUGCCUUUUCAAUCCAUUUAUUGCAGCCAGGAAGUGUAUGCACCCUUGAAAAUCAAGUAAGUGGUGUGCUGAGGAAUUUUGUAUUUAAUCGGUAGAUAUUAAUUUAAUCUAAAGCAACUCAUGGGGAAGCUCAGUAACUGUUUUUACUAUAUCUGAUUGGCUUGUUAGUAUUACAUCACUGCAGUACCUACCAACCACCAUAGCCAAACCUGCAGACUCCCAAACACUUUCUUGCCAGUGGCGGAACUACCAGGGGAGCAGGGGGGUGCGAGCGGGCCAGGGCCCGCACUGUCUCAUGGUCCCCCGGCAGCUCACGCGCCACUGACAAAUGCGGGCGUACGGAGGGGGCGGGGCCCAGCUGCAAGUCACGCACCAGGGCCCGCCCCCCUCUAGUGACGCUACUGUUUCUUGCUACAAAGGGUAAAUAUUGGGAGACAUAAUUGUGAUGCUUAUUUAGGAAAAUCCCAUUGGGUGAGGACCUAGGGCUAGUAAAUUUGGCCAUGUACGUAAAUCCACAGGGGCCAAAUCAAUGUGCCAAUGAGAUCCUCAUAGGGUUGCCACCUUUGUUUUUGUUUUUUAAACGGGCAGGGCUGUAUGGUGGUAAUAUUAAUUUGGAAAUCCGGACAGGCACUGUUCACCUGAAAUACGGACAGGUGGCAACCCUAUGAGGAUCACAUUGGCACAUUGUGCCGCUGCUGCGGAUUUAUGUACGUGGCCAACUUUACUUUGCCCGUGUGAUUAUUAAGGCCUCCCUUUUACAACUGAACACCUUUGUUUACACCACCUUGUUACAGACAAAUCACCAUUAGGAUCGCUAGGUUAUAUUCGUUUCAUGGGAACUGGGGAGAAGUUUUCUGUUGCACUUCCCACUGAUAUUAACUAUUGUUUCCCUAUUUACAUCUGAAUGAUAGGAACAAUUUGGAAAACAUUUAAAGGCAUCAUUAGGCAAGGGAGAAAGGAUCCAUUGUUGCUGUGUUCACUAGGCUAAUGGUACUUUGGGAAACUUCCCAACGUCAAUUAAAUGGCAGCCAAAGCCAGAGUUAGGCAUGUACAGGCAAAUGAUUAUGAUUGCUAUGGGAAAAAGGUUUUAAUCGCACUUGGAAUGGAGAAGGAAUUUAUUUAAAGGGGUGGUUCACCUUUAAGGUAAAUUUUAUUAUGUUAUUGAAUGGCCAAUUCUAAGCAACAUUUAAAUUUGUUUUCAUUAUUUAUUUUUAUAGUUAACAAUCUAUAUUAUGAUGGCUGGUAACCUCUCAUCAUAUUUCAGUUCAGUUAUUAGAGCACGCUUGAUCCUAUUCCCAUUACACCCUGGACACACACCUCUUUGUGGUGCAAAAACUGGACUGUGCUCCACUGGGCAAGGUUGCCAUAUUUUGGUCAGCUCUGGAGAAAUCACCUAUUUUGGCAUUUGCCUAAAUGUAUAUUUCUAUACAAAAUCUGUGUCUUAGCCCAGUCACCUAUAAAGACCAAAUAGAUAUUUGUGUAUCUCUUUCUAGCUGCACUUCAUCAGAUCACCAGUUGCUGGGGGUUGCUGGUACAGAACAAAUUUUGACUUGGUCACUACACAGCCCCUUGAGUUCUAUGCAAGGGAAUGAUAACUAUACUAUACUGCUCUAUAUUAUGUGAUACUAUAGAGCAGUGAUCCCCAACCAGUGGCUCGUGAGCAACAUGUUGCUCUCCAACCCCUUGGAUGUUGCUCCCAGUAGUCUCAAAGCAGGAGAUUAUUUUUGAAUUCUUGGCUUGGAGGCAAGUUUUAGUUGUAUAAAACUGUAUGUAACAGCUGUACUGGCAAACAGAACCUCCUGUAGGCUGCCAGUCCACAUAGGGGCUACCAAUAGCCAAUCACAGCCCUUAUUUGGCACCUCCACGAAUAAUUUUCAUGCUUGUGUUGCUCCCCAACUCCCUUAAUAUCUGAUUGAUGCUCACAGGAAAAAAAAAAAAAAAAAGAGACCCUUGCUAUAGAUACUGGGUUUGGUUACACCAAAUGUGUACAGACAUGGAGGAACAAAGGAAACCUGAUAAGCACAAAGUGUAAUAGUUGUGAGCUCGAGCCCUUCCCUAUUUAUUAUUGUCGUUCAUGUUGUGUAGUUGCAAGAGAGUGUAUGGAAUUUAGUAGGGUGACAUUGGAUUAGAACAGUGUAAAUUGUAUAAACAUUUCAGAUGUUAUAUAGCAGAUUAGAGAAUUUAGCCGAAAACUAUGGAAAUUUACUUUAAAUCUUUAUACUGAAAAGUUGUGAGAGAGUAAAUUUUUUUUACUUGUUUUGUGCUUUUUUUUGGUAGUCUUCUCAAUGAACAGGAUAUUUUAUUCCACUGUGAUGCUCUUUAAUUUCCAUUAACAAACAAACCUACAAAGCCUUGACAAAAGCCUCAUGGUUUUAUUUUGUGUGUUGUGGAAAAUAUUUUUUUAGUGUCGGCUCAAGAAUUGGCGACAUCACCAAAUGAUCCAUGCCUUUCUUGCAAUAAAGGGGAAAUUAUUAUAGAAAGAUGUGUUUGUUUCAUGGAUACCAAUAAAACUCAUAUGUUUAAGCCAAGUCCUAAGAAAGGUGUUUGCUCUGUAUUGUUCAACAGUUAUAGAUGGUUUUGGAGCUUUUCGUCCUUUUUUUUUUAUGGCACCCAUAGUCCUGUUGGGUUUCUGUGCCAAAGGGCGGCACAGACUGGAUACAUUGAACCCUACCUGAGCAUUUAUACAUUAUAUACACAAGUUGUUGCUUGGGUCAUGCUGUAAAUGUUGUUCUCCCUGGAAUUACAAAGCGGCAAGAUAAAAAAAUAAAUUAUACUGUUACUUGGUCAUAC